CUCUUGUAUAAAACCCUUUGCAGCACACAGAGGGAAAUCUCUCAUGAGUCUGCAGAGCCUCAUUAAGAGGUCUGACCAUGGAAGGGCAGAGACUGUCAUCUUAUGGAAGACGCUUCGGUUCCCAAGCCGCCUCUGUCCACCAUGCCCUGAGGUUCUCUCCAGGCCGCAGGUACCUGCCUUCGAGUGCUACCAGCCGAGUCUCUGUCACCAAGCUGAAAACGGCCAGCCUCAGCUUUCGUGCUGGCCCCAAAUUUUCAUCAGACAAGGUGGAUUUCUCCUUGGCCGAUGCUCUCAACACUGAGUUCAAAGAGACCCGCACCAAUGAGAAGGUGGAGAUGAUGGAGCUGAAUGAUCGCUUUGCCAGCUACAUUGAGAAAGUCCGCUUCCUGGAGCAGCAGAACAAAGUCCUGGUAGCUGAGCUCAACCAAAUACGAGACAAAGAGCCGACCAAGUUGGCAGACAUCUACCAGGAGGAGGUGAGGGACCUACGCCACCAAGUAGACCAGCUCUCCAACUCUAAGGCCCGGCUGGAGAUCGAGAGAGACAAUCUGCUAGAGGAUCUCAACAAUCUUCGGCAGAAGUUACAGGAUGAGAUUAAUCUGCGCCUUGAAGCUGAAAACAAUUUGUCUUCCUACCGACAGGAUGUUGAUGAUGCUGCAUUGGCUCGGAUAGACCUGGAACGCAGAAUCGAAUCCUUGCAGGAGGAGAUCAACUUCCUUAGGAAGGUCCAUGAUGAGGAACUGCGGGAGCUGCAGGAACAGCUGCAGCAGCAACAGGUCCACAUUGAGAUGGACAUGGCCAAGCCAGACUUGACAUCUGCCUUGCGUGAGAUUCGCAUCCAGUAUGAGUCCAUGGCCUCAAACAACAUGCAUGAGACUGAGGAAUGGUACAAGUCUAAGUUUGCAGACCUCACUGAUGCUGCAGCACGGAACAUUGAAGCUCUCCGCUUAGCCAAGCAAGAAGCCAACGAGUACCGCCGACAAUUGCAGGCCCUCACCUGUGAUUUGGAGUCCUUGAGAGGAUCGAAUGAAUCUCUGGAGAGGCAGCUGCGGGAGAUGGAAGACCGCUAUGCCCUUGAGACUGCCAACUACCAGGACACAGUGAUUCGACUGGAGGAAGAUACCCGGAGUCUCAAAGAGGAGAUGGCCCGUCACCUCCAGGAAUACCAGGACCUCCUCAAUGUCAAAUUGGCAUUAGACAUUGAGAUUGCCACCUAUCGUAAACUCCUGGAAGGAGAAGAGAGCAGAAUCACAAUCCCAGUGCAGACUUUCGCCAACCUUCAGAUCCGAGAAACCAGCCUGGACACAAAGUCUGUUUCUGAGGCCCACCUUAAGAGGAGCAUUGUGGUCAAAACAGUGGAGACAAGAGAUGGAGAGGUGAUCAAGGAGUCCACCCAGGAGCACAAAGAAGUGGCUUAAAGCAGGCGGCCAUGAAGGAAAAGCCACAUUAGUGGAGCAGAGGAGACACUUGUAGCUAUAGGAUGCUAGCAAAGCUUUAUUUCCUCCUGAUGCUGUCCUGGGCCAAAAAACAGUUCUGGUUAUAAUGCUGGAGAAUUAGCAAAGGAUGGGAAACAUUUGCAAAUCUAACUGUUUGCAACUAGAGAAAAUAACCAGCUACCUAUCAGAAGCACAGUAGCCUAUUGCUUUAGCCUGUCAUAUGUGGGCUUGUCAUCUAUUCCAUCUCUCACCCUAUGUUCCUCAGUCACAGUAUGUGCC